AUGGCCCUUUCGCCUUCAGAGACGGACUUGGUCGUCAUUACGGCCUCGCUUUCCAUUAGGAUAUACCCUAUGCCUUCGCUAUACGACGACGUGUCGAUCAAGCCCAUCCAACCUUCUCGUCAUAUACCAAAGGCUCAUGACGCACCGGUUCAUGUCGCUGUAAUUGACGCAACCUCGUCCUUCCUUGCCACGGGAUCAGCAGACGGUGUGGUGAAGGUAUGGGACCUUCGCAGGGGAUAUGCAACGCAUGCAUUCAAGGGUCACGGAGGCGUUAUCAGCUGCCUUUGCUUUUAUGUCUAUCCAGGAUCACAAGGGGCGCCUCGAGUGAUCCUUGCUACCGGCUCAGUCGACACUCGCAUCCGAUUGUUCGAUCUGGCGCAGUCUAAUAUCCGAUCCGGAAUCACAAAACCAAUAAUGAUCCUCGAUGGACAUGUCUCCGUACCUCGCGGCCUUGCGUUUUCGAAGGAUGGUAAUACUCUACUCACCGCUGGAAGAGAUUCAGUGGUUCUGGUGUGGAAGAUGGAUGAGCUCGUGAAUUUGGGCGGGAAGGAAGGGAAGAAAAUGGCCACACCUGCACUUGUCAAAACUAUCCCAGUCUCGGAAGCAGUCGAAUCCCUUGGUGUGGUAGAGCCGACAGCCCCCCUCUUAGAAAUGGCAAGUUCGAAUUCUUUGCUAUUUUAUAUUGCAGGAGAGAAGGGCACGUCCACAUUUGGGAUGCACUCCAGGCCAAACGGCUUCCAGGAAAUACAAAGCAUCCAAGAGGCUCAAUAUUGUCAGUCCGCCUCGACGAUCGUCAGCCUUCAUGCAGAUCAAAAUAUCACAUUCCACUCUCUUCAAUCUCUCAAAAUAUCGCGCCAUCUUAUUGGAUUUAAUGACGAAAUUGUUGACGCAGCUCUCCUGUCUUCAAAUACCUUGCAAGAUACACAUCUCGCCUUAGCCACCAACUCAUCCCUCCUUCGCAUCUAUCCAACAUCUUCCGAGCAUGGAAUAAAUUGCUCCCUCCUCGCUGGACAUUUGGACACAAUCCUUGCUUUGGACAGCUCGGUAGAUGGCCGACUCCUUGCAAGUGUCAGCAAGGACACAUUUCUUCGCAUAUGGGCACCUAUAAAAGGAAUCGAUGAUCGUUGGGACUGCAUUGGUAUUGGAGAAGGCCACUCAGAGAGCGUUGGCGCGGUCUCUAUGUUCAAAUCCUCGACGACAUCUUCGAGGUUUAUCGUCACAGGGAGUCAAGACAGGACUAUCAAACUAUGGGAUCUGUCCGAUGUGGACCUAGUUGUCAAGGGCGAGCAGCCUCGAAAGUUGUCAUCAUUGGUAACCCAAAAAGCGCACGACAAGGACGUCAAUUCGAUCGAUAUUUCACCAAAUGACAAACUUCUCGCAACUGGGUCACAAGAUAAGACGGCUAAAAUCUUUGAGAUUAACUUGGCAAAAUCAAGAGCAUCUUUGAAGCACGUUGGGACAUUACGCGGUCACAAGAGAGGUAUUUGGAAUGUCAAGUUUUCCAGCUUCGAGAAAGUUAUCGCAACUGCGAGUGGAGACAAGUCUGUCAAGCUCUGGACCCUGGAAGAUUUUUCUUGCGUGAAGACAUUUGAAGGACAUACAAACUCUGUUCUACGGGUCAACUUCGUCAACCAAGGGCAACAGUUGCUCACAACUGCGUCUGAUGGAUUGCUCAAGCUCUGGAACAUCCCUAAAGAAACAUGCGUCACCACGAUGGAUAAUCAUGAAGACAAGGUGUGGGCGCUGGCGGUCACGCGAGAUGAGAAAACUGUGAUUACCGCCGCUGCAGACUCGGUAGUAACAUUUUGGGAGGAUUCCACCGAAAUCGAGAAGGAACAAGCGGCAGCAGAAAAGGAGAAGGCGCACGAAAUAAUGAUGCAGCUGAACCAACAUAUCAUCAGCAAAGACUACAAAAGCGCCAUAUUCCUUUCCAUCUCAACCAACCAGCCACGCAGACUCUACGAACUGUUCAAAACCGUCUAUGCCUCAAGAGAUGUCGCCACAUAUACAGACGAUGUAACUGGAGAAUUGCGCGAGGUACCUGUCGCAACAAAUGUCACUGGGUCUACCGACGUCGACGAGGUGAUCCGUACAUUGCCCCUCGUUGAGCUUGCGAAAUUGCUUCGACAUAUACGUGACUGGAACGCGACGGCACGGACAUCCGCCAUGGCACAGGUCGUACUGCAUGCCAUAGUCAAACUUCGACCUGCAUCUGACAUCCAAGCCGCAUUCGGGCCCAAUCUGGCCAAGGCUGACGACGAGGCGCAUGGUCAAGGAAACGAACAACUUUCCAAGCGCGCAGCAGAGGCCGAGAGCUUGCGGGAUGUGAUCGAUGCACUGAUCCCGUAUACGGAACGACAUCUCGCGAGGACGGAUCGGCUUGUUCAAGAUAGCUACGUCCUCGACUUUCUACUUCGCGAGAUGGAUCCUGUAGGAUUGGAGGAUGAAGGGAUGGAGAUUGACGUCUAUUGA